AUGUCUAUGGACCAUAAAGCCCACAACAAUCGAGUCGACAGAACCAAAACGAAGAUGACGACGACGACGACGGACGGACGCAGAGACGAUAGACAGAGAGUGCAAAGACUAGAAGAAGAAAAGAAGAAGAAGAAGGAGGAGGAGGAGGUGGUGGACAAAAAAACAGCCCCACUUCCCCGACCCACCGAGCGAGCGACUCGCAGAGCUCAAUGGCUAUGUUCUCGAAUAGCCUUUGUGAGAUUCAAGAAACCCAGAACCAAGGCCGUUGCCGCCACCAUCGCACAAGGAGAAGACGAACCGGAGGUCUUCAAGAAGCAGAGUCCAAACUCACGCUUGACAUUGUACCUGAGUUCGCGGGAAUUCGUUCAUCUGAGCAACGAAAAGGUUACGUCGAUAGACGGUGUGGUCCUGGUGGAGUCGAACUAUGUAGGGAAUCGAUGCGUCUUCGCCAUGGUUGUACUGAAUUUCCGCUAUGGAAGGGAGGACGAGGAGGUUAUGGGUCUGAAAUUCUAUACAGAGGCCAUUCUCGACUACAAACAGGUAUACCCGGAAACCUCGGAGCAAACGCAGUCAGAGGAGCUCACGCCAUUACAAAUAAAUCUCAUGAGGAAGUUGGGAGCGGAAGCCUUUCCCUUCACGUUGAGAGUGACGCCAAAAGCUCCCCCGAGCGUGCGCCUGCACCCGGCAAGACCCUAUGUUGGCGCGCCUUUGGGCGUCUCAUACGAUCUGAGAGUGUUCAUGGCCGACAAAAACUACGACAAACCUCACAAACGGAACAUGGUGCGCAUGGCACUCCGCACUGUAGAAUACGCCGAGGAACUCAUAAGGAAUCCCUGCAACCGCCCAAGUAUAGACAUCACGAAACAUUUCGUCCUCUCAUCUGGGAAGCUCCAAAUCCAGGCUAUAUUGGACAAGGAGCUGUAUCAACAAGGAGAUCCUCUGCACGUCCAUAUCACCAUCGACAAUUCCACUCGUACAAAGACUGUUCAUAGAUUGAAAGUCUCGGUGUUACAGCACGUCAAUGUCUGCAUGUUCACGCACGGUCGCUUCAAGAACAUCAUCGGAACUGGAGGAGCUGGGACCAGCUCUGUUCCUCCGAUGAGCCAUGCCCAACGAGACUUCGUCGUUGUUCUUGAUAAAUGCGAAAAGUUUCCAGUCGCCCUUGCGGUGGAGAGUGAUUUCAGCCACGAUGAUCCUUCACAAUACAAUCUUUCGUCCACCACAGCGCUCAUCGAUCCAAGGGAAAAAAAUCCUUACGGUGUCAGCGUUCAAUACGAGGUGAAAAUAAAAGCCCUUCUCGGAUGUCUUGACCGUCCAAUCGUUGUGAGGAUUCCUUUCAAGAUAAUGGCCGUCCGCAAGGAGGACUAUUCGACUCGUACUCUGAUGCCAAUUAAUCAUGAUUCCCACAACUGUCAACGCGAUCGCAAACUGAGUCAACAAUUCCCUUACGCUCUGCUGAAUUCAGCAGAGUUCGUCUCCCAGGAACUGCACUCACAAAGAGCUCCGAACACCUCGCCGAGUCCUCCGCAAAGCCCACGGACUUCGCGACCUUCGAUUGUCGUCAUCGAAGAACAACGUGUUCGAAACCGGAGAGGAUCUCCGGCCCACUCGGAGGGGAGUCCCGACUCGCCACACAAAUCUCACGAUCCUCGCAAAACGUCGUAA